GUGAGAAAUGGCAAGCCAAGCAGCGACAAGAGCGUCAAGCUCAAGAUAACGCUGGCUAUCUUCCCUCAUAUUCUGAAGCUAUACAAAAGAAGAUAACCGAGGUCGGAAUUUAGCAUAUCUCGCAAGACGAGAGUCGCAGUUUCGCCUAUGAUGCCGCCGCUGCUGUAAUCGCCGGCGGCCGCCCCUUCAGCCUCUUCGAGAGCCGCCGUUGGCGUUAUUUCUUCACUCGCAUUAAGCCUGGCUGGAAGCCUCCUAGCCGCGCCGUUAUCACGAGAAUUCUGCCCGAUUUCUAUCAGGAACUCUAUCAUGAGGUUUUCAAACGCAUUACCAGCUCAGAAUGGUUCAACAUCAUAUUUGACGCUUCCGAUAAUGUAUCGGGCCACAGAAUCGUUAAUAUCUCGGUACAACUACCAGACGGCCCAGCCUUCUACUGGAAAACGUUUGACACGGGAGAAGAACAGCACACAGCGGAGAAUUGGGUGAAGUUGAUAUGGGGAGAAAUGCAGCAACUGUGCGGCGGUGAUCUCUCCAGAAUCAAUUCCAUCUGUACAGAUACCGAAAACACGAUGCGCUCUGUACACGACUUGCUUGGGAAAUUCCCAGAACUCUCACAUAUCAUGCAUAUAUUUAUCGACAAGAUAAGGUUCAGACAUACUCCGGAUAAAAUGCACGAAGCUGCCGGAAAGGAUGUUAUCAAUCGCAUGACUGAUCUUAAGGGACAUCAUCCUGCCUUAAAUGGUUCAACAAUACAGCAGAGGGACUUUUGUGGCUUCUUGCCAAUUUUGAACUUGACGACUUUGCGGCCGAAGAGUUCUUCAAUAUAGCCAUCUUUGGGAUUCCUCCGUUCAGCAUCCACAAGCUCAGCAGGUCAUGCCUCAGCGUAAUACAGGAACUGGUAGCAGCUGGCGAGCCGGACGCCAUGUCGCUCACCAGGGAAUACGGUCGUAUCGUAUGCAAUAUUAAACAUCAGGAUAACGUGCCAAUUAUCUACAUUCAGCACCGGCUUGCCGUCGAUAUUCGGUGGCCGGUGGCCGAAGCGAGGGAUCAAUACGCGUCGAUAAUACUGGCUGCAUAUUAUCUGCUAGUAGAAGGUUUUAGAGCUGAGGAGUUAUAGAUCUAAAUAAGAUUCUUAACACACGCUGUUUUCUAACAUAA